UUCCGAAAAGGAGGAGAAGGCUAAGGGGGUGGCCCAGAGCGGCUCGGCCCUGGACGCGGGCGUCAACCGUCCCCCGUCCACCCUUGGAUUCGUCCCGGGCUCGCGACGGCGGCGUUGGCGGACUGAUCCGCAGCGGUGAAGAGGCACGGGCGGGGGAGGGGCGGAGCGUGGCAGCUGGCAGUAGUUCCGUCAGAGCGGACAUCUUGUGGCUGUGUCGUGCGCGUGAGCCCCGUAGGGCCGGGGAGGCACCAGCUGCCGCGCGGGGAGGAGGCCGAGGCCGAGGCCGCAGCUUGAGGGAGGCCCCGGCCCCUCUGUACGCGCGCCUGUGUCUGGCAGAGCCGGUGUGAGACCAAGAGACAGUCCUUCCUCGCCGCUCGGAUAAUCAAGAGUUUCGGCCGGACCUUUGAGCACACACCGAAAGAGAGAGAGAGAGGGAGAGAGGAGCCAGACGAAAGCACGGACUAUGGCGCUGAAACGGAUUAAUAAGGAACUUAGUGAUUUGGCCCGCGACCCUCCAGCACAAUGUUCUGCAGGUCCAGUUGGAGAUGAUAUGUUUCACUGGCAAGCCACAAUUAUGGGACCUAAUGACAGCCCAUAUCAAGGUGGUGUAUUCUUCUUGACAAUUCAUUUUCCUACAGACUACCCCUUCAAACCACCUAAGGUUGCAUUUACAACAAGAAUUUAUCAUCCAAAUAUUAACAGUAAUGGCAGCAUUUGUCUCGAUAUUCUAAGAUCACAGUGGUCUCCUGCUUUAACUAUUUCUAAAGUUCUUUUAUCCAUUUGUUCACUGCUAUGUGAUCCAAACCCAGAUGACCCCCUAGUGCCAGAGAUCGCACGGAUCUAUAAAACAGACAGAGAUAAGUACAAUAGGUUAGCAAGAGAGUGGACAGAGAAAUACGCUAUGUUGUAGGGUACAACAGAAUAUCUCGGGAAUGGACUCAGAAGUAUGCCAUGUGAUGCUACCUUAAAGUCAGAAUAACCUGCAUUAUAGCUGGAAUAAACUUUAAAUUACUGUUCCUUUUUUGAUUUUCUUAUCCGGCUGCUCCCCUAUCAGACCUCAUCUUUUUUAAUUUUAUUUUUUGUUUACCUCCCUCCAUUCAUUCACAUGCUCAUCUGAGAAGACUUAAGUUCUUCCAGCUUUGGACAAUAACUGCUUUUAGAAACUGUAAAGUAGUUACAAGAGAACAGUUGCCCAAGAUUCAGAAUUUUUUAAAAAAAAUGGAGCAUGUGUAUUAUGUGGCCAAUGUCUUCACUCUAACUUGGUUAUGAGACUAAUACCAUUCCUCACUGCUCUAACAUGCUGAAGAAAUCAUCUGAAAGGCAGGGAGAUGGAUGCACAGUUGUCACAUCAAAGGAAGCAGCAUUAUUCUAGCAGCAUCCAUUUUUGUUUAAGCCUUCUACUGUUAGAGAUUUGAGGUUACAUGAUAUACUUUAUGCUCAUAACUGAUGUGGCUGGAGAAUUGGUAUUGAAUUUAUAGCAUCAGCAGAACAGAAAAAUGUGAUGUAUUUUAUGCAUGUCAAUAAAGGAAUGACCUGUUCUUGUUCUACAGAGAAUGGAAAUUGGAAGUCAAACACCCUUUGUAUUCCAAAAUAGGGUCUCAAGCAUUUUGUAAUUUUCAUUUAAAUUGUUAGGAGGCUUGGAGCUAUUAGUUAAUCUAUCUUCCAAUACACUGUUUAAUAUAGCACUGAAUAAAUGAUGCAAGUUGUCAAUGGAUGAGUGAUCAACUAAUAGCUCUGCUAGUAAUUGAUUUAUUUUUCUUCAAUAAAGUUGCAUAAACCAAUGAGUUAGCUGCCUGGAUUAAUCAGUAUGGGAAACAAUCUUUUGUAAAUGUAAUGCUGUUUUUUGUAUAUACUGUUGGGAUUUGCUUCAUUGUUUGACAUCAAAUGAUGUAAAGUUCAAAAGAAUGAAUAUUUUGCCAUGUUCAGUUAGAGUGCACAGUCUGUUACAGGUUGACACAUUGCUUGACCUGACUUAUGCAGAACUAAUAAGCUAUUCAGAUAGUGUAGCUUUAAUAUGCUGCUCCAUGAUACUGGCAGCCCUGGAGUUCAUAGAUGGACUUGGGACCCCAGCAGUUUUGAGCUUGUAUAUGGAGUUUUCAGAAAUUUAUUUUCCAGGUGCAGCUCCAUCUAACUAAAACUUACCUUCACAUUGUACACUUGACAGCUGAAGAAACCAUAACUUGGGAGUAAUAAUGGGUCAAAAUUUACACAAUAAAGUACUGUUUUGGUGUGGGAGUUGUCAUGAGGCUGUGUUGAAGUGACUGUGGGAUAUUGAGUCUCCAUUGAAGUGGAUUUGUUCAGCCAUUUACAUUAAUGAACAUUUAAAUGCAAACAGAUAUCAUUUCAGGUGACUUAACAUGAAUGAAUAAAAGUCAAUGCUAUUGGAUUAUU